UGUCCUUGCAUCCUCUGAGUGAGUUUCAGGCUCGUAAAUUAAUUGUUGCUAAAUAAACGCUGUAACCCUAUGCACAGUUACUAAGGAACAAGAGUUUCUAGUUCAGGGGGAAAGCCAUGACAGAAGUGAAAAGGGAAAACUUUGGCGAAUGGCCCCAUGGAGGAGGGACUGUGGAGAAAUUCCUGCUCAAAUCUGACACAGUUAAAGUGGAAAUCAUAUCCUUAGGCUGCAUAAUCACCUCCUUGGAGACUAAAGGCAGAGAUGGAAAGUUCUCAGACGUUGUUCUGGGCUUUGACCAUUUGGAAGGGUACAUCAACAAGCACCCCUAUUUUGGAGCUGUUGUUGGACGAGUUGCUAAUAGAAUUGCCAAAGGGAAAUUUGUGGUGGAAGGACAGGAGUACCAGUUGGCCAUCAACAACGGACCCAACAGUUUGCAUGGAGGAAUAAAAGGUUUUGACAAGGUUAUCUGGGCCCCUGAAGUAUUGCCAGAUGGUGUAUGUUUUUUCAGAGUAAGUCCUGAUCUUGAAGAGGGAUACCCUGGUGAGCUGAAAGUGUGGGUGACAUAUACUCUAAAGGAUGGAGAGCUAAGGAUAAAUUACCGAGCCCAAAGCAGUAAGACCACUCCGGUCAAUCUGACAAAUCAUGCAUACUUCAAUCUUGCAGGUCAGGGGUCACCCAAUAUCUAUGAUCAUGAAUUUAUCAUAAAAGCAGAUUCUUACCUGCCGGUGGAUGAAACUCAAAUCCCCACAGGAGAGAUCUCUUCAGUGCAAGGCACAGCCUUUGAUCUGAGAAAGCCGGUGGGGCUUGGAAGACACCUACAGGAGUUUCAGCUCAGUGGCUUUGAUCACAACUUUUGUCUGACACAAUCCAAAGAAACAAGCUUCUGUGCAAGAGCUUAUCAUCCCCCUAGUGGCAGGAUAAUUGAGGUUUACACAACUCAGCCUGGGAUUCAAUUUUACACUGGAAAUUUCUUAGAUGACACUCUAAAGGGCAAAGGCGGCCAUAUAUAUCCCAAGCAUUCUGGCUUCUGUCUUGAAACACAGAACUGGCCAGAUGCAGUGAAUCAGCCUACUUUCCCAGAUGCUUUGCUGCACCCAGGAGAGGAGUACAACACCACAACAUGCUUCAAGUUCUCCGUAUCUUAAAAGGAAGUCCUGUAGCAAGACAUUUUGUAGAAAUUUGUAACGAAGUAGUGAUAAAAACAGAUUCCAAAUUGUAUGAUCAAACAUGCCUUAAUUCUAUCACUGUUAUACGCUCA